CAUCUGUGUCAAUAACAUCACAAGCUGUAUACCAUUGCAACGACAGCAUUCUGCCCUUUCUAGAGAUAUAUUUCUCCUCCCCAUACAUAACGUAGUUUUGGUAUUACAGUAAUUUUUAUCUCGGUAUACUUUUUUAUGUGGACACCCUGUACAUUUACAUUAUCUUAACAUCGUAAGGGCUAAAACAGACAAUCAAAUUAACCUUUCGAUGAAUCCUUUUCAUUGUCGGCACUCCACUUCUGAAAAAAAAAGAUUCAUAGUAUUUCUAUACAUGAUGGUAAUAGAUCGUUUGUAUUACACGAUAUCAAUAUAAUUAGAAAAAAGUUUCUUUGUUUAAAUUAUAAAAUUUGUGGGGAAAAAACAAAUUAGUCGUUUCUCAUUUCAAGCUUAAUGUACCACUUCCAAAUGUAAAUAGAAUAAGUUUGUUAUUCCCUAAUGCUGUGCAAUUUUUGAAAAUCAAAAAGUUGUGAAAGUGCUUCCGUGCAGUAAAAGCGCAAUGAAUCUUUUUAUACUCAUCUCAAAAAUGGUGACUGUUAUGUGUCGUUGUGUGUGUGAUCGUCUUGGAAUUUGACAAGUUGACCGUACAAAAGCAACGCCAAAAAAAACUUGAUGGCUAGUCUACUGGUGGCAGCCUGCAUAUCAAUCCCCAUGAUUCUAGCUCUCGGCCGAAUACAGUCAUCCUCUGGAGUUGAGAUGAGUUGGCAUCGUGAAAUGACAACUCCUGCCGUAGGGAAAUCAGUUAGGGGGGAGGGAAUGAUCCCUCUCGGAACUGUGGCGUAGUGUGAGAAAGGUCACGAGACGAGAGCGCCGCCAUUCAGCAAAUCUCGGUCAUCAAUAGCAUGGAUCAUCGGCUGUAUGACACAUUCAAACCUUUUAGCAGUGUAUCUCGCUCUCUCAAAACCUGUCGGUGACAUGAGGCUGCACCGGACGGGCCUCGAGCAACAAGCGCCGUCUGCUCUGUGUUGACGUUUGAAAGCGAGUCUGGAGACUUCAGGGUAAGACCAUGGACAAGUUGCGGCCCAAGCCAGCGCGGGUGAAGCUGCCGGAGCGGCCGGCAACGUUUGCCGAGUUCGGCCUGGACAUGAAGCCGUAUUUUACCCUCUACAAGGACCACGACCGCCCCGCGACCUUCGCGCACUUCGGAGUCGACGUUGAACGGGAGCGACCGCUUGUAGAUACGGUUGUUGGCCCGUACCGCAAGUGGUUCAACAUCAACAGGCGGGAGAAAGUCUUCCUCGUCACGGGGACCGUCAGCUUGCUGGUCACGCUGGGCCUGACCAUAGACCGGCUGGUUGCGUCCGAUAAAGCUACCCCCUACUUCACCUUCGCUUUACUUCUCGUCGUGAACAUAGUUUUCUGCUUGUUCUACAUGUUCCACGCCAUCCUCCUGGAGCACCCCCACGAACUGUUCGUCUUCGCCUUCAGCAUCGCGGCGCUCUUCAUCUACUGCAUCGCGAACUUUGUCGAGACGCUGGAGGAUGGUCUCGAUAUCGUCAAACUGGUUCGACUAAUCGUCAUGUGUGUAUUUGGCACAUUUAACAUGGUCUAUGGAAUGUACCUGGGAACGAUGUAUCACAGACAGCGCAAUUUGAUCUUCAGAACGGUGGGAGCCAACAUUAAUCUCCAAGCUCUGUGUGGCAACAUGUAUCUGUUCUCGGACCUUCUGAAAUUCAACAUACAGCUCGAGACCAGCAUGGUCAUUCUCGUCCUGGACGACGGUAUCUACCUGAACACCAACAUGGAGAAGAUCGUGCUGGGGCUCGGACUGCCAGUCACGCUCAUAUGGAAUAUCCUAGGUUUCCUGGCCAUAAGAUACGAGAAUAAACUCUUAGUGGGUUUGUUCCUACUGACGUGCUGGGUUCUUCCUGUUUACACGACCUACAAGUUUGUUGAUGUUUCCUUCCUGUGGAAGACCUGGACCGAACACUCGCAGAAGGUGCUGCCGUCCUGCAUCCUGGUGUGCGGGAUCCUCGGCAUCCUGGUACGCGUCUUCCUCGUUGUCGUGGUGGUCCACUUGUCUCAGAACUUCGGGCACGGGCUCGGGGGGAAAGUGUUCGGGGCCAAGAAGCUCAGCCGGCCCGGGCUUAGACUCCGGGGACUGGAGCGGCGGCCCAUGAGCUGGCCGAGAGCCCGGGCCUUUCCCAACAAGCGCUGGACUCUGUCGUGGUACAAGCACCAACGGGAGAAGCACCGGCGGGCUAACCGGUCGGCGACGCUAACUGGGCUGAGUUGAGACAUGCAGGAGACUCGGAACUUUCAAGAUGUCCCCACCCCAUUAGGAAUUCGUCCAAGCCAACGGUGUCAAUAGAUUGAUGAAAGUGCUCACAGUUUUUCACUUGACAGUCUAGAGGGCGCUAAAUAGCUGCUACUCUAACUGCUUUCUGAUGAAAGAGGUUACGGUAGGAAUUAAUAAGUUAGCGAGUUGUUCACAGACUUUCAGUAAUAUUUUAUACUUCUUGACAUUUGCUUCCAUGUGGGUUGUCCUUUGAUCUUCCAGGUAUACGGUUUGGUAAUGAUAUUUUCAUAACUUUUUUCUAGCUUAGCCCCUGAAACAUUCACGUUAAUCCCAGGGUGGAUGGGCAAAAGUGACAGAUCUAAGAGCUGAUUUAGCGUUCCGUAGUUUUCGUUGAGAAUGUCACAGGUAGGUUAGCACAAACUAUCGGAAACAAGACCAGAGCGCCUCAACAAAUUGGUUAACGGUUGACCGUAGUUGACCAACUUUGAUCGAAUGCAAGUUGGUUGGCGAUGUUUUGAGUAAUCUGGUCGACUUCUCGGGACCAGCCUAUGCCCACGUUUGCGGCCAGUAUCCUUGCAUUUUGCGGUGUACAGACCGAGAGUUAAGUGGUGACGUUUGAACGUACCUCAACUGAACCCUUUUGCUCUUUUGGACACCAACGCGCUGGCGCAAGAGACGUCACCAAUCGACCGAUAGUUCAACCUUUUGACAACAUCGAUUGAAAAGCAUUAUCCAUUUGGAACUUUGGAAAGUAUUUACAUCAGACAUUACGUUAGUGAGGGGGCGAAUUCGUGAUAAUGAUUAAUAGUCGAGCAAAUAUUAAU